AUGGCAGACAAGAGACGCUCUGAAGAGAACGGUGGUGCUCUUAUUAAAAGAGCUAGAGCUGAUGAGGAUGGUACCGUUAUUCCGGGUGUAUCUGAGCAAAAGAUCGCCAGAACUUCCGACUUGAUGGCUCCUAUAAUGCAACUGACUGGUCAUCAAGGCGAAAUAUUCAGUUGCAAAUUCAGUCCGGAUGGUCAACAUAUUGCUUCUGGCUCCUUCGACAGAGAUAUAUUUUUAUGGGAUACUUACGGAGAGUGCAAGAAUUACAAUGUAUUGAAAGGACAUGCUGGUGCUGUACUAGAGGUUGCAUGGUCCAAAGACGGAAGCCACAUAUACUCAGCAAGCUCGGACAAAACCGCCAGUAUAUGGGACGCAACUGUCGGCGAACGACUAAGAAGAUUCAAAGGCCACACAAACAUCAUCAACUCCAUGUCAAUAUGCAAACGUGGUCUAGAACUCAUUGCUACAGGUUCAGACGACUCUACCAUUAAAAUAUGGGAUUCAAGAACAAAGGAAUCUGUGGAAUCAUUCACUGAUAAAUAUCAAGUAACUGCUGUGGCAUGGAGUGAUGAUGGUAGCUUGGUAUAUUCUGGUGGACUAGAUAAUCACAUCAAGGCGUGGGAUUUGAGGAAAAAGGACGUGGUGUAUACGUUAAAGGGUCAUUUUGAUACCAUAACCGGAUUGAGAUUAUCACCUGACGGCAACUAUUUAUUGUCCAACGCCAUGGACAAUACUGUUCGAAUUUGGGAUGUCAAGCCUUUCGCAGUAGAAGCAUCUAGAAUGCUAAAGGUGUUUGAAGGCUCGCCACAUGGUUUCGAAAAGAACCUAUUAAAACCAUGCUGGUCUCCAGAUGGCGAUUAUGUUGCUGCUGGUGGUGGCGAUAGAACUGUUACCGUGUGGGAGGUAGCCACACGCAAGAUCCUAUACAAGCUUCCAGGUCACAAAGGGUGUGUCAACGAGGUGGCCUGGCACCGUACGCAACCUAUAAUACUGAGUGCAAGCAGUGAUAAAACCAUGUUUUUGGGUGAGAUUGCUCCCAGCUAA